CAACAAGGAAAGGAGGAACACCGAACGUCUCUCUCUACAAAACGAAGGCGGAACGGAACCCUAAAAUUUUUUGUUUACGCGAUCGAUCGAUCGGGGGCUUCUCCACCGUAGCUUGAGCAAUUGAAGCCAUGAAAGUUCUUGAGAAUGGCAAUAUUCGGAUCGAAGCAGGCGACCCGUAUAUAUCUGAUGAUGAACUCUAUGAUGAUGGGAUGCAUUCGAUGAACGACGAAGAGUGGAAAGCAUACAGCAAGCAGCUUGAUGAAAGCCAGGGCUUUGAUGUGGGAGAGUUUCCCAAUGUUUUUCAUUAUGGUUUGAUUCAGCCCAUGUCUUUUGAGGGUGAUGAUGAAGACUUAAUAUACUUCACCAAUCUAGGGAUUGCGCAUUAUAAUGAGAAAGAGGUUGCGAGCCUCAAGCUGGUGGAAAUACUGAAGGUGAACGCACAAGCGUGCUCUCCUUUCAACUUUUAUAUCACCUUCGAGGCGAAGGACGCCUCCACUGGUGAGAGAGGGACUUAUCAGACUAAAGUGUACGGUCGGUGUCCGAUAAAAUCAUCUUAUGUGGAUUUCACGAGGGUCAAGCCUGAAACCAAACCAGAAGUAGGUCCUUCAGAUAUCAAGGCGAGGGAGAGAGAUGAGGAGGAGGAACAAAAAGAAGGAAAGAGAUUGAAGAUUUAGAAAAGUGACAGCAGUGUACACUCACUGCUCCGAAGACAUGGAAGAUAUUUCUCUAUUGAUAACUCUCAUCACCCAAUUUUGAUCCACCGAUUUCAGAUGGACAGAAUCGUCGUUUUUUUGCCA